UCUUUGUGUCCCCCUGUCUCCUCUCCCUGCACUCUGGCACACCUCAUACCACCUGGAGGGCUUUGCUGACCUCUGUGCCCACCUGUCUGUCCCCAUCAGGGAAGCUUCUCAAACCCAUGGUGGAGUGAGUUCAUCUCAGCUCUGGGGCUCCUAUGUAGCCUGAUGGACUACGUGUGCCAGGGCCAGGGGAGGGCUGGGGGUAGCUGGUUUGAUAGCUGCUACCCUACACUCCCCAUGCCAGAUAGGCAAAGUAGACUGGACCCCUGGAAUGUUGGGGAUGGCAAUACAGAGCCUGGAGCAGGGGCUAGGCCCGUCUCUCAUGUUUAUCCUUUGCCACAAACACAGAACUGCUUCCCAGGGCGGGUCUGGAAGCUUACUGAGACACCUUGUGGGGAUGAGGGCCAGCAGCAGGGUUGGGGAGGGUAAGCCCCUUUGACCCAUUCUCAGCUCCCAGGGCUUACAGAGGGCCCUUACAAGGACAGGGCUGUUCUAGGGUAUGACCUUGGUUUUGUGAAAGAUCAGCAAGAUGCAGAGUGAUGUAUUAAGGAUUCCAGAUACUGGAGACUUCCUGUUUGGCAUCUGAACCUGGGCUCUGAGCCAAGACCAGGGAUAGACUAGGGCCUGGAGCAGGAUGUCCUCCAGGCCAUUGACCGGGCCAUCGAGGCUGUACACAACACGGCCAUGCGGGAUGGUGGCAAGUACAGCCUGGAACAGCGUGGAGUCCUCCAGAAGCUGAUCCACCACCGGAAAGAGACCCUGUCACGCAGAGGCCCUUCAGCCUCCAGUGUUGCAGUUAUGACCCCAUCAACCAGUGACCACCACUUGGAUGCUGCUGCGGCCAGGCAGCCCAAUGGGGUGUGUCGAGCUGGGUUCGAGCGGCAGCACAGCCUACCCAGUUCUGAGCAUCUUGGGGCAGAUGGAGGCCUCUACCAGAUCCCACUUCCAUCUUCCCAGAUCCCACCACAGCCUCGCCGAGCAGCACCCGCCACACCGCCCCCACCAGUGAAGCGCCGAGACCGCGAGGCCCUGAUGGCCUCUGGGAGUGGUGGCCACAACACCACGCCCUCCGGGGGUAACUCUGUGUCCAGCGGCUCCUCAGUCAGCAGCACCUCCCUUGACACGCUCUAUACCGGCUCCAGCCCAACUGAACCAGGCUCCAGCUGCUCACCCACACCCCCACCUGUGCCCCGCCGAGGCACCCACACCACCGUGUCCCAAGUCCAGCCCCCUCCCUCCAAGGCAUCAGCACCUGAACCCCCUGCAGAAGAAGUGGCAACUGGUACAACCUCAGCCUCUGAUGACCUGGAAGCCCUGGGUACACUGAGCCUGGGGACCACAGAGGAGAAGGCAGCAGCUGAGGUGGCUGUGCCCAGGACCAUUGGGGCCGAGCUGAUGGAGCUGGUGCGGAGAAACACUGGCCUGAGCCACGAAUUAUGCCGGGUGGCCAUCGGUGUCAUAGUGGGUCACAUCCAGGCCUCCGUGCCGGCCAGCUCACCAGUCAUGGAGCAGGUCCUCCUCUCACUCGUAGAGGGCAAGGACCUCAGCACGGCCCUGCCCUCAGGGCAGGUCUGCCACGACCAGCAGAGGCUGGAGGUGAUCUUUGCAGACCUGGCUCGACGUAAGGACGACGCCCAGCAGCGCAGUUGGGCACUAUAUGAGGACGAGGGUGUCAUCCGCUGCUACCUGGAGGAGCUGCUGCAUAUUCUGACUGAUGCAGACCCUGAAGUUUGCAAGAAAAUGUGCAAGAGAAACGAGUUCGAGUCUGUCCUGGCCUUGGUGGCCUAUUACCAAAUGGAACACCGAGCAUCACUGCGGCUGCUGCUCCUCAAGUGCUUCGGUGCCAUGUGCAGCCUGGAUGCGGCCAUCAUCUCCACGCUUGUGUCAUCCGUGCUGCCUGUGGAGCUGGCGAGGGACAUGCAGACAGACACGCAGGACCACCAGAAACUCUGUUACUCUGCCCUCAUCCUGGCCAUGGUCUUCUCCAUGGGAGAGGCAGUGCCCUAUGCACACUAUGAGCACCUGGGCAUGCCUUUCGCCCAGUUCCUACUGAGCAUCGUCGAGGAUGGGCUGCCCUUGGACACCACAGAGCAGCUGCCGGACCUCUGCGUGAACCUGCUUCUGGCUCUCAACCUGCACCUGCCAGCCCCUGACCAGAAUGUCAUCAUGGCUGCCCUGAGCAAACAUGCCAAUGUCAAGAUCUUCUCCGAGAAGCUGUUGUUGCUCCUGAACAGAGGGGAUGACCCUGUGCGCAUCUUCAAACAUGAGCCACAGCCGCCACACUCUGUCCUCAAGUUCCUGCAGGACGUGUUUGGCAGCCCGGCCACAGCUGCCAUCUUCUACCACACAGACAUGAUGGCUCUCAUUGACAUCACUGUGCGGCACAUCGCAGACUUGUCACCGGGAGACAAGCUGCGCAUGGAGUACCUCUCCCUGAUGCAUGCUGUAGUCCGCACCACGCCCUACCUGCAGCACCGCCACCGGCUACCCGACCUGCAGGCCAUACUGCGACGCAUCCUGAAUGAGGAGGAGACCUCACCCCAGUGCCAGAUGGACCGCAUGAUUGUCCGAGAGAUGUGCAAGGAAUUCCCGGUGCUGGGGGAGGCUCCCAGCUAGCACCUUGCUGUCCUCCCUUCCCUGCAGCUCCAGUCAGUGUGCAGGGGACUCAGGGGCUUGGCCCUAAGAAUGUUUUGCACUGACAGUGGGAGGGGAUAAGGUGGCAGAAGGAACCUGAGCAGGAACCCUCACCUGAAGUAGAACUUAUGAGAGGGGCCAAGUGUAGGAUUGGGGACCAUGGUCUGGGAGCUGUUCUGGGGCAGGGGGAAUAUGCAAGCUAAAGCCCCUCUAUACCCCGGUAGGCUUCCUCUUCAGCAUGCCCCCCUCUUCACCCCACACCCAUGUGCACACUCAGAGUCCUGCUGCCGCUCCAGGCUGGACCAGACCCCCAUCCCCACCCCUCCUGGUCUGUAUCCUGGGCCUCAGCAAGCCAUGCCCCUGGGGUGAGGGGAGGCAUCUCCCACCAGCUCUAUUCUUUGCCUUAGCUUUGCAGUGAGUGCUGCUCAUAUCCUCCCCCCUACCCCCACAUGGGGGUCGCUGCCCUUCACUCCUACCCCUAGAGGCCUUGGCCAAGCUGCUGCUUUGAAAGCGGGAUCUUGGAGACAGGUCAUCCAUCCCGGAGCCUCAUGGAACAGGAUGAUGGCACUGAGAAAGCCAAUGACCGAAUCUCUUUUCUCUGUAAAAAUGUAGACUGAAAAGCCAUGUGUAUUUUCCUAUGUGCUGUAGCUCUCCUUUGGAAA